AUGUCAUUUGAAGAAAACAAGACGGAAGGAAAUAGACUUUUCAAAUUGGGUGAUUACACUGCCGCCAACAAAUUCUAUGAUCUUUGCAUAAUGGAAGAGCCAACCAAUCCAAUUGGGUACAGCAACAAAGCCAUGUCGUUGAUCAAGCAAGAACACUUUGACCAAGCUAUCAGAACCUGUAAUACGGGGUUGUUAUAUUCUAGCGAUCCAGAACAUGAAGCCAUUAAGCGCAAGCUUCAAUAUCGUUUGGAAUUAGCACAGAAAUCUCAGGAACGGGAAACUGUAAAUAAGGAUACACCUCCUGAUAUUGUAGACAUCACUAUCAAAGAGGUGGAUGCAUUACCUCUAUCAUUCAGUACUUUAUGA